AUGCCUAAAUACAUUGAUGUAUUAACAAUUGAAUAGGCUUUAAUAAAAGCUGGAAAUGGACACCAAUUUUAAAGAAGAGCACUUAUUAUCAUGGGAUUGUAAUAUAUGAUUGCAGGAAUGCUCCAUAUAGCAAUGACAGAACUAUUCUUCCAUCAAUAAUAAUACAAAUGUCUUUCAGAAGAUCUGAAUUAUUAGAAUUGUACUGAAGGAGCAUUUUGUGAAUAAUAUAAAACAAAGGAAAAUAAAGUGUCAUUAGUUGAUCACUCUGAUUUAGGUAGUUUGAUCAAAUACUUCUUAAUGGUUUGUGGUGAUAAAAUUCAAAUAUUCAUAUUGGUCACAUCCUAUUAUAUUGGAGGUAGUAUGGGUUCUUUGUAUUAUGGUGAAUAAAUGGAAAUAAGAUAAGGCAGAUAGUACUUUAAAUAUAUAAUACUUUUAGCACAGUAAUGAUUGAAACAUUAUUAAUGAUGGGUUUCGUUUGUUGUAUAAGUAUGCUCUCCCCUUCAGCAUAUAUUUUAAGUGUGGCAUUAUUUGCAAUUAAUUUCUUUUAGAGAGGUUUUUUUAACUCAUCUAUGAUAUUGUUUUUUGAGAUUUCAAGUGAGAAUCUAUAGAAAUUUGGGCCUGCUUUAUUAUUAACAUGUUAUGGAAUUGGUGAGGUAAUAUCUCCAAGACUUAUAGAAAUGUUUAAUUUAAAUUGGUAAUAUUCAAUGCUCUUAUUAUUUGGAUUACCAGCAGUGUUAUUUUCAGUGUUAAUAAAAUUUAUGUAAGAAUCACCAAGAAUUUUGGUAAUCAGACGUAAAUUUGAGGAAGCAAGAUUAACAAUUAAUUAUAUUGCUAGUGUAAAUGAGAGAUAAAUGCCUGAAAAUUGGUUAUUAGAAGAUGAGGUUAGAAUUUAAGAAUUGAAAUAGAAAAUGAAAGAUAUCUUACUUUAGGAGGAGAUUCAUGAAUAACCUAAAGGAUAUAAUUUUUCUUCUAUAUUUAGAUAUAAAUCAAUUAGAAUUAGAAUGUUUUGUCUUCUUUAUUUGUAUAGCAUUGUAGUAUUAGGUUAAUUUUAAACUGCUAAAGAGAUAGAAAGAUUUUCAAGAUUAGAAAGACAUCAUACAUAUUUACUAUUAUCAUUAGUAUCUACUGCUGGUUAUUUGAUAAGUGGAUAUGCUUCAUUAAAUUAUUUAAGAAAGGAAGUAAUAAAAGCUAUCCUUAUUUUGGGUGCAAUAUUUCAUUUCUUAAUUGCUGCUUUGCCUUUAUUAAUUUUAAAUAAAACAGCAAGUGAUUUAAUAACAUUCUAUGAUAAAUUAGUAUACACAUUUAUAAUGAUGGUUUUAGUUAUGUGUAGAUUGACCUUAAGUUUUGCAUAUGGAUUUAUUAAUGUAUAUCUAAAAUUUAAUAUUUAAUAGGUUUAUGCUUUAGAAAUAUUCCCUACUUCAUUAAGACAUUAUGGAUUUUGUGGACUUACUUUUUUGACUGAAUUUCUAUUUAUAUUUUAAGAUUCUUAUGUUAUCUUUUGCCAUGCAUUUGGACUGAAUUCAUCUAUUGGAAUGUUUGCCUUAUUACUUUUAGGAUUAUUAACCUUAUAAAAAUUGAGGGAAACUCAAGAUUUACCACUUAAAGAAAAUGUAGAUGAGAUGGAAGAUGAGUUAAUUAAUAACAUAUAUUCUGCUUGA